AUGGCAAUGAAGAAAACUUCAGAUGAAAGGAAGGCGUUGAAGUACUUGAAGCCAGAUGGGGAAGAAGACCUCCUCUGCCCAAAAACAGAGCACAACCCAAAGGAGCCCAUAAAGCUGAAUUUGAGCCCAUCUCAAGAUCAAACCAAGGCUGAGCCAUGGUUGUUCAAACCAAAACCUGGCAGUGUCUUCCCUAUGAAGAAGAGGUUAGUGAAGAGGAUGAUGUUUGAUCAAAUUGUCCAAUGCUUUCGCUCUGUUUCAGAUUAUGCUAAUAGUCCUUCAGCUUCUGCUGCUGGAGUCUCUGAAACCACCACAUCAUCAAACUCCAACAAGGUCAUCAGCAACCACGUUUACCCAAGCCCACCACCAUAG